AUGCCUGCCAAGCGCCCCCGCGAUGAAGAUGCCGUCCAUGGGGCUGGCCCAUCUUCCACGACCGAUGAGACCAGAAAACCGAAGAAGGCCAAACAUGGAUUCCGAGUUGGACCUGAGAACCUCCCCGACGGUGCCUGGCGUCGCAAAGUGACCAAGAUCAAGAAGGAUCUCAUCACCAAAGCCAAGGUGAAGAAGCAGUACGCCAAAAUCAAGGCAGAACACCAGAAGCAGGCCCCAGCUCCAGCACCCGAAGACCACACCCAAGCCGAGGACGGCACCGAACCCACCACACACCCGAACCAAGAAGAAGACGGGACCGAGCCACCCCCAGUCCAGAUCCACCCCGAGCGACAAGCCAUGCUCGACGCGCCCACCUCCCGCCCGAAACCAGGCCAUCAACAUCAACAUCAACAACAACAGCAACAACAACCCACAACCGAAACCGACCCCUCCUCCCCAACCCACCAACAACAACAACAACAACAGCCCCACGACCAAAAACCCCCCCGCCGCAAAGCCCACCGCCCGGAUUACUACACCAAAGAGCUCGCCGCCGCCGAGCGCGCGAAGCAGCAGGCGGCCGAGCGGGCGGCCGAGGCAGCGGCGCGCGAGCAGGAGCGGCAGCGGCGCGUGGCCGAGCGCGAGCGGUACCGCAAGGCCAUGGCCAAAGCCAAGACCCCCGGCCGGGACGGGCGGGUCAAGAUUGGGCGGGAGAGUAAACUGUUGUUGGAGAGGGUGCAGCGGGUUGUGGGGAGGGGGUGA